GAUGAUUGUAUAGAGCAUUUAGACUUGAACAAAAAUACUUAAAGAGCCCCUGAAGAGCAAUCAUGUGAUUUCCCUUCUGUGUGCUCCCCCACGGAUGCUCAUGGUGCUGACUCUGGCCAGCCCGGGCUCCACCGACGGGAGCUGAAUUGAGUCAAUUUCAGUCAUGCAGGUUGUAAGAAACACGGGAGCGUGGCUCCUGCGGUCUGGACCUGGGUUAACCAGGCUUGUGGCCAUUACUCCGGCUCAGACUAUCCACACCGGAGCCCCGAAGUUAGAAGACGCGGCUGCCAAGCAGGAAGUUGAAAAGGAAGCGGCUCCGAGCCGCUUCAGCAUUUACCCUCCAGCUCCUGGACAGGAAAGCUCUCUGCGGUGGGCAGGGAUGAGAUUUGAGGAGGUCCCAGUUGCACACAUUAAAGCAACCCACAACAACACACAGAUCCAGGUAGUGUCUGCCACUAACGUGUCCCUGGCCCGGGCCUCCUGUGGCACAGAAGGCUUUCGCAAUGCUAAGAAGGGCACCGGCAUCGCAGCACAGACAGCAGGCAUCGCGGCAGCGGCAAAAGCCACAGGAAAGGGAGUGACCCACAUCAGAGUUGUAGUGAAAGGCAUGGGACCAGGACGCUGGUCUGCCAUCAAAGGACUGACCAUGGGGGGUCUGGAAGUGAUCUCAGUCACCGACAACACCCCUGUCCCACACAACGGCUGCCGGCCCCGGAAGGCUCGAAGACUGUGAUGGGAAGGAAGCUUGCACUUGAGCCUGACCUAAAGUCCGGACUCCAGAUGGAUCCUGAGGACGCCCACUGUAGGAGCUGCUGGAGCUGGCAGCGCUCAACCCUCUGCAGGGGACAUUGCGUCUGCUUGCACCUGGAGCUGGAAGUGCCCUUGAGGCUCGCCUCUCUUGGACAGGAGGGAGUGGGAGCUGCCAGCACAGCUGCCGCUCUGCUCUGAGAAUAAAAGGCUAUUCUCUGUG